CACACGCGCACACACACGCGCCCCCGCCCGGUCCCGGUCCAGGUCCAGGUCCAGGUCCAGGUCCAGGUCCAGGUCCAGGUGCAGGUCCACGGAUCCCGGCCCCGGGUCCGAGGAUGAGCGUCGCGCUGCAGGACCUGCGCAACACCAUGUCGACCUACAAGCGAGCUACGCUGGACGAGGACGAGGCGUCCGACACUCCUGCCGAGGCGGCUGCUUCUCCCGACAGGCUGGAGGUGGGCUUCCGGAAGGGGGGCGUGGACAUCCUGGGCCGGCGGACACAGCUGGAGGUUCUGCUGUCGGUGCUGCUAAUGGCCGCCCUGCUGGCGCUGCUCGUCUGCCUGCUGCUGCUGGGCCUGGGCUUCGGCUCGGAUGCCGGCCGCGGCCUGUGCCUGUCGCAGGCCUGCGUCACCGUGGCCAGCCAGAUCGUGGAGGCCAUGGACCGCGCCGCCGACCCCUGCCACGACUUCUACCAGUUCGCCUGCGGCGGCUGGAUGAGGAAGAACCCGCUGCCGGACGGACGCUCGCGCUGGUCCACGUUCAACAGCAUCUGGGAGCAGAACCAGGCGCUGCUCAAGCACCUGCUGGAGAACGGGACGUUCAACAGCAGCAGCGACGCCGAGAGGAAGACGCAGUCGUACUACCUGUCCUGCCUGAACACGCAGCGGAUCGAGGAGCUGGGGGCGCAGCCGCUCGUCGACCUCAUCGCCAAGAUCGGCGGCUGGAACAUGACGGGUCCCUGGGACAAGGACAACUUCAUGGAGGUUCUGAAGGUGGUGUCGGGCCCGUACCGGGCCCAGCCCUUCUUCAGCGUGGGAGUCAGCGCCGACCCCAAGAACUCCAACAGCAACGUCAUCCAGGUGGACCAGUCCGGGCUGUUCCUGCCGUCCAGGGACUACUACCUGAACAAGACGGCCAACGACAAGGUGCUGCUAGCCUACCUGGACUACAUGGUGGAGCUGGGGAUGCUGCUGGGCGGCGAGCGCAGCCACACGCAGCUGCUGAUGCAGCAGAUCCUGGACCUGGAGACGGCCCUGGCCAACAUCACCGUCCCGCAGGACCAGCGCCGCGACGAGGAGAAGAUCUACCACAAGGUCACCAUCGCCGAGCUGCAGCUGCUGGCUCCGUCCGUGGACUGGCUGGACUUCCUGUCGUCCUCUCUGUCUCCUCUGGACCUGAACGACACGGAGCCGGUGGUUCUGUACGCCCGGGAGUACCUGCAGCAGGUGUCGGAGCUCAUCAACCGGACGGACCACAGCCUGCUGAACAACUACAUGAUGUGGACGCUGGUCCAGAAGGGCGUGGCCACGCUGGACCAGCGCUUCGAGAACGCCCAGGACAAACUUCUGGAGAGUCUCUACGGGACCAAGAAGUCCUGCACUCCGCGCUGGCAGACGUGCAUCGGCAACACCGACGACACCCUGGGCUUCGCUCUGGGGUCGCUCUUCGUCAAGGCCACGUUCGACAAGCACAGCAAGGAGAUCGCCGAGGAAAUGAUCAACGGGAUCCGCUCAGCGUUCAAAGAAGCUCUGGACCAACUCAAGUGGAUGGACGAGCAGACGAGACAGGCGGCCAAGGACAAGGCUGAUUCCAUCUACGACAUGAUCGGUUUCCCAGAAUUCAUCCUGGAGCCCAAAGAGCUGGACGACGUGUACGACGGGUACGACGUCUCUGACGACAGCUUCUUCACCAACAUGCUGAACUUCUACAACUUCUCCUCCCGGGUGAUGGCCGACCAGCUGAGGAAGACGCCCAACAAGGACCAGUGGAGCAUGACCCCGCCCACGGUCAACGCCUACUACAUGCCGACCAAGAACGGCAUCGUGUUCCCCGCCGGGAUCCUGCAGGCGCCGUUCUACGCCCACGACCACCCCAAGGCUCUGAACUUCGGGGGCAUCGGCGUGGUGAUGGGUCACGAGCUAACGCACGCCUUCGACGACCAGGGUCGUGAGUACGACAAAGAGGGCAACCUGCGUCCGUGGUGGCAGAACUCGUCGGUGGAGGCGUUCCGUCAGAGGACGGAGUGCAUGAUGGACCAGUACAACCGCUACACCGUCAACGGAGAGCACGUCAACGGCAAACAGACGCUCGGGGAAAACAUCGCCGACAACGGAGGGCUGAAGGCGGCGUACCACGCCUACCGGUCCUGGACCCGGAAGAACGGAGAGGAGAAGAGACUCCCGGCCGUCAACCUGACCAACGACCAACUCUUCUUCGUGGGAUUCGCCCAGGUGUGGUGCUCCGUCCGGACGCCGGAGAGCGCCCACGAGGGCCUGGUGACCGACCCGCACAGCCCCCCCAGGUACCGGGUCAUCGGCACCCUGGCCAACUCCGAGGACUUCAGCCGCCACUUCGCCUGUCCGGAGGGAACGCCCAUGAACACCGGGAAGCGCUGCGAGGUCUGGUAGCCGGGCCGCGCCGCGGCGGGGGGCAGGGCCGGCCGGCGCUCCUGGCCGCGGUGGGGGGCCGGCCGGCGCUCCGGUGCGUUCAGGUGCAUCCGUGUAAUCUUCAGUUAUUCUGUUAAUAAGCGACGGUCGGACUUCUUCAGGUCCGGAAGCUAAACGGACUUCAGAGACGGACUGACGAUGAUGAAGAUGACGACGAUAUUGAUGAAGAUGACGAGGCCACGCGGGGCGGCGGACGCUGGAUUCUGCUUUAUCACCGUUAUUAUUAUUAAUGUUGACGGGCUUCAGUGUGUGUGUGUGUGUGUGUGUGUGUGUGUGUGUGUGUGUGUGUGUGUGUCACAUGGAAGAGCUAUAACUCUGGUGAAAUCACUGUGAUGACCUCAUUCCCAGCUGAUCAUGUGACAUGAAUCUGUCGUCUGGUUGGCCGGCGGCUCAAUGUGUCAGUGAAGGUAACAUUGUUAGCGCUUUAGCUAGUUUUAACGCUAACUAGUGUUAAAAUAACCAGUUGAACUGUAACUGACGGAAGUUAAACACUUAGAGAAUAAUGAAUGAUGGAUGAAGGAUAUAAUAAUAUUAUAUGUAUUAUAAUAUUAAUAAUAAUAUCCACCGGAUAGACGUGUUUAAACUCUGAACCACUAUCUGGAGGUCGGCUUUAUCUGUCUUUACAUGUGAAGCCCCUGUAACCACUAACUCUACGUGUUGUCAUGGUAACGGAGACGCAGAAUCCACCUCGAACCCCUUCCUGAGAGCGAGGCUAAAGUUCGGCCUUAUUCUCAAACCCCAUCCAGAAUUUUGCCUUAAAAACUCAAACAAAAAUGUUGUUUUCCAACCAAAAAGCUGGAUAAGAAAACCAGACCGGAGGCUAACCGCUACGACUGCUACGACUGCUACGACUGCUACGACCGCUACGACCGCUACGACUGCUACGACUGCUACACCCGCCACCAGCAGACACAGAAAAGAGUGAAACAUGAAAACUGAACCGUGAAAAGCAAAAACAAAAAUAUAAAACCACUCGGCUUUCAGGAAGUCCUGAGUCAGGGAAGUUAAAGCGAUACGCCAGCAGUUUGGAAAGUGGAUUAUUUUGCGUUAAAGUCACAGUUUCACAAGAGGAUGUUUUACGUUGUCGGACCGCAGUCAGCCUAGCUUAGCAACGACUCCGCUAGCGGAGCAAGUAAAAAACAUAAGAUAGAUAACCCUCUUAUGAAACUGAGCUUCCCAAAAUGUUAGCGUAUCCCUGUUUUUAGAAAAGAAAAAAAAUGAAGAAAAAUGUCCAUGUUUGUUGACUUUUAAGUUUUAGCAACGUAAAACCGCAGAUUAGCCGCAACAGCCGCUAAAACCGCAGAUUAGCCGCAACAGCCACUAAAACCGCAGAUUAGCCGCAACAGCCGCUAAAACCGCAGAUUAGCCGCAACAGCCGCUAAAACCGCAGAUUAGCCGCAACAGCCGCUAAAACCGCAGAUUAGCCGCGACAGCCGCUAACACCGGAGCAGAAGCUAAAAUGAGCGCGAGAUCGUUCAGGAACGGCAGCGAGCGGAAACGAGGCAGCUAAAGAACGCAGAACUUAUCUGGGGACGUUUUAAGAGCUAAAACAAUCGCGAGGCGUUCAGGAACACGGUGUGUUUGAGGAACCAGACAAAUCCAUGGGAAUAAAGACGCUAAGAUGAGUCAAACGCUUAAAAAGUAAGCUGGGUCUUUUUAACAAAACUGCUCAUUUUUAAAAUUUAAACUCAGAAAGGCCGUCCAAGAAGUAAAACAUGUAAGAGAUGUGAGUUUAAAACUUAAAACUAGAGGGGCAUUGAAGAGUUUUCACGACGGUGGGGCGUUCAGGAAAGUGAAAUUCGAGGACUUAAAAUAACUGUGAGGUGUUUUAGGACCCAUAAGUGACGCCGUAAAUCCAGGCUUUAAGGCGAACUCAUUGCUGAAGGAAGAGAGUGACGUCCAGGAGACGGAGCCCGCCCGACCGCGGUGCGUUCAGGAACCUGGACUGAAUCUGCGGUAACUACGAUGACAACACUGCCAGCUGUGUGAUGUCCGUCCGUCCGGUCGUGUGGUCGUUUGUGUCCGUUGCUGCUUCACCUCCCGAUGACAUCAUCGUUUAUCGCUGCAGCUCUUGUGUGUCGUUCAUUCUGUCUGAAGAAGCUGCUUCCUGCCAAAGAUGUGUGUGUGUGUGUGUGUGUGUGUGUGUGUGUGUGUGUGUGUGUGUGUGUGUGUGUGUGUGUGUGUGUGUGUGUGUGUGUGUCUGUGUCUGUGUCUGUGUCUGUGUGUGUGUGUGUGUGUGUGUGUGUGUGUGUGUGUCUGUGUCUGUGUCUGUGUCUGUGUCUGUGUCUGUGUCUGUGUCUGUGUGUGUGUGUGUGUGUGUGUGUGUGUGUGUGUGUGUGUGUGUGUGUGUGUGUGUGUGUGUGUCUGUGUCUGUGUCUGUGUCUGUGUCUGUGUGUGUGUGUGUGUGUGUGUGUGUGUGUGUGUGUGUGUGUGUGUCUGUGUCUGUGUCUGUGUCUGUGUCUGUGUCUGUGUCUGUGUCUGUGUCUGUGUGUGUGUGUGUGUGUGUGUGUGUGUGUGUGUGUGUGUGUGUGUGUGUGUGUCUGUGUCUGUGUCUGUGUCUGUGUCUGUGUCUGUGUCUGUGUCUGUGUCU